AGCUUCCUUAGUGUUUUACAUGCCUCAUAUUAGUCUCUCACUGCCAGCCCCACAGGACCUUGUGAGGCGGCACAGCUGGCGAUUACACUCUCCUCAUUUACUUAACCUUCAGCACCGGAGCUUAAGACACUACUAACUUAUUACACUAGUUCACACCAAGUCUCAUAAUACACAACACAUAAUACAGAACAUGUUAUGUAGCAUACAUUUGUUUGUUCUUCCAUCAUUACUUCCGUAACACUUCCAUAACCGGCAGCAUCACUGGUGGCGGUAACAUACAUAACUGACAAUACCACAAAGCCUGAAAAACUGACUGAUGUCAUUCACUUCAAAAUGCUAUGGACUUCAGUAAGAUGUGGUGAAAGCUGUUACAGUCUUUGAAUUUUUAAUGCGAGUGAUACGGUUAAGACAACAAGUAAUUCAGGGACAACCUAUACAUACCAUAUAGGAAGAAUAAAGAAGUAUUGUCCUGCUGAACCUUUUCGGAUCUGAAUCUUCAUGUAUGUACUUGAUUACAUUCAGGUGAUGGCAGUCGCUGGUCUGUUAAGAUCAAAGUGACUUGAUACUCAUUAGGCCUUUAGCUUCCUUGAAUAAAACCCUGUUUGGCAACUUUCCCUUCCCUUCCCUGUGUGUCUAGCAGACUGCCAUUCCACACGGCUAUACCUAGUCCUCAGCAGUCUGCCUUACUGUACGUUUAGUUUCUCCCCAAAGGUCUACACAUCUGGUUCAGUUUCAUGUAAGUGCGUCAUGGUGUGUGUUUGUGUGUGUGUGUGUGUGUGUAAUAGUGAUGAAAUUAAGUAAGCAUGCUGAUGAUAUUUAAGAUGCAUCGAAAGAUUGUGCGAAUAUUAGUGAAAGUAAGAGUGGGGAUGGUAGUACUCAUAAGUACUUAUUAGACUGAGACUGAAUGAGAGAGAACGCAAAUGUGCGUGAAUGUGUUAGUUAACGAAAGAUGAAGUGUGGCACUGAGUGAAUUAGAACGAUCCUAAGAAUUGGUAAAUAGAGUGAGACUGACAGAGAAUGAGAAUAAAAUUAUACGAAAGGGUGAGGAAGGCUGAGGAGUGAAUGUUGUGGGAUGAGUGAGAGGGAAAGAGAUAGAUAUCACUCUCUUAACACUUUAUCUUGGGCAGGUGAAGGGAGGGUAGGUGACAGGGAGAGAGGUUUGAAAUAAGACGAAAGAGGAGAGGAGAGGAAAGGAACAGGGGGGAGAAGGAAAGGACAUUAUGGAGUUCGUAACGGGCCAAAGAAGUGGAGGAAGAAUGAAGUACGAGGAGAAGGUAAAGAGAAUAGAUAUAAGCAAGAAGAACAGGCUGAGUUAAACCAAGCUUUGGAAGGUUUAGGGUGAAAGAAAGAAUGAGGAAUGCAUGCAUCAAUGGUGGAUACAGUCACCUCUGCUAUGGUGCUCAGCACACAGAAAUGGAUCUCUGACACAGAAGUAGAUUGUGCUUAGUUGCAAAAUCUAUUGUGAUUGAAGAAGGUAUUUACUUUCAAUCAUGCAAAUAACCUUAGGACACAGUUCCUCAACGCUUUUAAAACAUUGUGCGGCGCGCAAAAUCGACUGUGACAUCAGGCUUCCAGCAUCCACUUUGUCCUCAUUAUCACCAUCAGCAGCACUCCCACUAGAAAGAGAACCAGCAGCACCACUCCCACCACCAGCAACAAAAGCAGCGACAUCACCAUCACCAUCACCGCAGCCAACAAGAGAAACCACCACCAUCGCCACCGUUUGCAACAUAACGAGCAGCAGCAGAAGGCACAGCAGGUGCAGCAGCAUGCAGAGCGAGGCGCCUACCUGCAGCAAGGUGCCCACCGUGGACGUGGGUGGCCUAGGCGCACACCACGCGGAGGAACCCUGCCAGCAGGAGUGGGAACGCGUGACGCGCGAGCUGGAGCAGGCCUUCAGCGAUAUAGGAUGUGCCUACCUCACCGGCCAUGGCGUGCCUGACCACCUGAUCAAUGAAAUGCUGUCCACUGGUGUUGCUUUCUUCAAACAGCAAGAAGAAGUUAAGAAUCGUUGGUCUAAAGAUACGAAUAUGCAUGGAUACCUCAGUAUUAACUCUGAAAGAUAUGCUGGAGCAGGUCCUGAACUGCAUGAAAGCUUUCUCUUUAAGCCAGACAGUUACAACUCGUGUGAUGAGGAAGCCCCGCCGUUUAUGACGCCCUUAAUGACUGUACAUGAGUUUUGCCUCACCCUCUCUCGGAGGCUGAUGACCUGUCUCGCCCUCAGUGUGGGAAAAAAUCGAGACCACUUCGUGAACAUGCACCUGGACAGCGGCACCAAAAACAGCCUCAGCACUUAUCGCCUGAACUAUUACCCACUGGCCUCCGGUGGCCGAGAGGACACGACUGGAUUCGGUGCUCACGUUGAUUACUCUACUAUAACCCUUAUUUAUAGCAACGACUCGGAAGGCUUGCAGGUUCGUGACUCAGCUGGACGGUGGAUUGAUGUGAAGUGCGUCCCAGGCACCAUAAUCUUGCUGGCAGGGGAGUUCCUCCACUUCCACUCCUACAAGAGGUUCAGACCAGCGAUGCACCGUGUCGUGCUGCCCAGCGAGCACCAGCCCAGGCGACCCCAUCGCUGCACGUUGAUUUGGUUCGAACAUGCUGAUUCACACCAGCCAAUGUGGCCUACCAGUGAAGACCCCACCCAGCCCGCUCCUCCGGGUGUCAAGGAUUUCCUAAUGGAAAAGACAACUACAGCGGUUAAAGCAGUUUCCAGAAAUUAAAAACAAGAUGUCGGAACAAACAUACUUGUCGAUAAUAGUUUCAUUACUGUGUAUCUUUUUUUUUUUGGAUCUUGGUCAUUUGUAAUCCUCUAUUUAGGCGGGAUCCGUUGUUAACUAACGGGUGUCCGUGAUCGAGUCACUCCAUCUUUAUCUUUAUCUUUGAUCUUUAUCUUAUUUUUGUCACUUUUACCAUUAAUUACUUGUAAUUUUAUGCAAUUUUAUAAUCCGGCGCCAUAUAACCUACGUUGUUGUGGCGCCACGCAAAAAACUUAAACACGUCUCCUCGUUUCCUCAGUGAUGCCAAAGGGUGACUAUGGUUGAACAUAUUUAGUAACAGAUUAGUGCCGAAAAUCAUAUUGAACAGGUGAAAUGAACGCUGUUGUGUGGUGGACUGGAUGAAUGGGGUUACCUCAGUGUGUGGCUAGGGAUUUCGCAUUUUUUAUUUUCGCCUCAAAUAUCGUUCCCCACUGAUAUUAAAAGAUCGUCAGAGUUUAAUAAGGAUGGUUGCUUGUGAUGGCGAUGGUAUAGUAAAUGGACCUCUGAUGACACUGACUGUCUCUGGUAAUGUAGUGAUGUGUACACACGUACGUACGCACAAUCUCAUGCACUUUAUAUAUCUGCCUGGAAACAUGUCAAGUCUGUUCAGCAACUAGCCAAAAACUCCUUCAUUAAUAGAAAGUGUCAUAAUCUUUCAAGAUCUAACUGCCCUCGUGACUUCUGGCAUCUAGCCAGAAAUAUCUCCAAUAACUUUGCUUCUUCUUCUUUCCCUCCUUUAUUUCAACCAGAUGGCACCACUGCUAUCACAUUUAUCUCUCAAGCUGAACUCUUCGCUCAAACCUUUGCUAAAAACUCUAUCUUGGAUGAUAAAGUGUUUGUUCCGCCCUCUGACUACUUCAUGCUGCCUAUUAAAAUCCUUCGCAAUGAUGUUUUCAUUGCCCUCGCUGGCCUAAACCCUCAGAAGGCUUAUGGACCUGAUGGGGUCCCUCCUAUUGUUCUCUGAAACUGCGCCUCCGUGUUUGCACCUUGACUAGUCAAACUCUUUCAUCCCUGUAUUAACAUCUGCCUUUCCUUCUUGCUGGAAGUUUGCCUACAUUCAGCCUGUUCCUAAAAAGAGUGACCGUUCUAAUCCUAUUGCUUUAAUUUCCUGCCUAUCUAAAGUUUCUGAAUCUAACAUCAACAGAAAUAUUCUUAAACAUCUAUCACUUCACACCCUUCUGUCUGAUCGAUAGUAUGGGUUCCGUCAAGGCCACUCUACUGGUGAGGUUUGGUCACCCUCUUUUAGAGAUUUUGGUGAAACUUUUGCUUUUACUUUAUAAAUAUCAAAGGCAUUUGAUAGAGCCUGGCACAAAAUUUUUAUUUCCAAACUACCCUCCUACAGCUUCUAUCCUUCUCUCUGUAACUUCAUCUCAAGUUUUCUUUCUGACUGUUCUAUUGCUUCUGUGGUAGACGUUCACAGUUUUUUUCCUGAUUCUAUUAACAGUGGUGUUCCUUACGAUUCUUUCUUGUCACCCACUUUCUUCAUACAAUUCAUCAGUGAUCUUCUAAACUAAACUUCUUGUCUUACCCACUCCUACGCUGAUGAUACCACCCUGCACUUUACCACGUCUUUUCGUAGACCUCCAACCCUUCAGGAAGUAAGCACUUCACGUAGGGAAGCCACAGAACGCCUGACUUCUGAUCUCUCUAAAAUUUCUGAUUGGAACAGAGCAGACUUAGUUUUGUUCAGUGUCUCAAAAUUUAAUUCCUCCAUUUAUCAUCUCGACACAACUUUCCAGAUAACUAUCCCCUCUUCUUCAAUGACACUCAACUGUCCCCCUCUUCUACACUGAAUAUCCUCGGUCUGCCGUUUACUUAUAAUCUGGGAACUUCACUUCUCAUCUCUAUAGCUAAAAUAGCUUUUAUGAAGUUAAGCGUUCUGAGCCACCUCCGCCAGUUUUCUCAGCCCCUCCUCCCCCCAACAGCUGCUUAUUCUGUACAGGAGCCUUAUCUGUCCAUGUAUGGAGUAUGCUUCACAUAUUUUGUGGUGGAGGGGGUUUUACACAAGGUGGAAGCAAAAACUUUUCGUCUUAUCAACUCCUCUCCUCUAACUGACUGUCUUCAGCUUCUUUCUCAUUGCCGUAAUGUUGCAUCUCUUGCUAUCUUCUACCGCAAUUUUCAUGCUAACUGGUCUUCUGAUCUUUCUAGCUGCAUGUGUCCCCUCCUUCCGCGGCCUCGCUCUCACCUCUAUUCCAUCCACCUCUCUAAUGCAAAACUUAACCAGUAUUAUCAUUCAUUUAUCCCUUUGUCUGGUAAACUCUGUAACUCUCUGCCUGCUUCUGUAUUUCAUUUUUCCUAUGACUUGAAUCCUCUCAAGAGGGAGGUUUCAAGACAGUUAUCCUUUCAUUUUUGACGACCGUCUUUGACUCUGGGGACCGGCACCUAAGUGGACCUUUUUUUCCAUUACAAUUUUGUUGCUCUUGCUCGGUGCCGCUCCUACAUAAAAAGGAAUAAAAGAAAGAAAAAAAAAAGGAGUAAAGAAGGAUAAAAAUAAGUGCCUAUAGUGUUAGAGCUUAUUUUGUUGAUGAAAGAGUGUUUGGUAAAGAAGCUUGGGAUCAGAUUCCUUAAGUAUCUCUCCAAUAACAUAAUCAGCUGAUAUCAACGACCAAGUUGUGCAGCGGACCACACCAAAUGUAAAAGUCUGUUUGCAGGUUGAUGAGCGUACUGACAUGGCUGGGAAAUGCCUUUCCCGUCCUGACCAGAGUUGAACUGACCUGUUUCUAAAUCUAGAUGAUGAAGUGAUCCUUUCUUGUAGACUCUGUGUUUAAAUGCUACGCGUCCGAUCGUAACGAAAUUAGCACCAUAUGAUAGCACAACUCUGUUAAUUUUAUAGUAUGUAGCUUUCAUCUCUUCUCUUGUUUGAGGUCAAUUGCUAACUUGCAAAAAGUAGAAGGGUGUCGAAAAUGGUAUUUUGUUAAAAAGAUCCUAAUUUUUCUGCAAUUUUCACCAACUUUCUUUUCUUUCAACGAGACCGGAUACUUACUACUGAACGCAUAGUCUAAUUUCCUAUCCAAUAGUAUAUCCCAUAGCCAUUCGGCUCUCACAAAGUUUUUAGCUAGAGUGAUUUGAAUAUUAGCCAAGUUUUCCGGCCCAUCGCGGCCUGACCGUAACGCUAUUCAGACGCUAAUAUUUCAUGAACUACGCUGCCGAUUGUAAUGAAAUUUGCACCAUAUGAUAGCACAAUUAUAUCAAUUAAACAUCAUGUAGCUUUCAGCUCUUCUAUUAGGUGAAGUCAAAGAGUAACCUGAAAAGUAUAAGUGUUGAAAAUGCGAUUUUAUAAAUAACCUCAGUUUUCUGCAAUUUUCAUCAACUUUUGUUUAUCUCAGCAUGAGAGGACACAUACCACUGAACGCACAAUGAAAUUUCCUAUCCAACGGUAUAUACCACAAUUAUUAUUCAGCAUUUGCAGACUUUUAGGUAGAGUGAUUUGAAUUUAGCGAUUUGAGGCUUGCUUCCACUUUUUCAUCAAUUUACUGUUACAUAUAAAUGACUAAGUUAUUUUAGGUUAGGUUACGUUAUUUUAGGUUAUUUUACUUAAGGUUAGGUUAUUUUAGAUUAGUUUGGUUUAUUUUAGGUUACUCACCGCUUCCCUCGUCAAUCGCCUAUCGACGCAUUUUACUGGAAAAAGUAGUGGUAGUAGUAGUAGUAGUAGUAGUAGUAGUAGUAGUAGUAGUAGUAGCAGUAAUGAUAUUAGUGUGAGUGGAAUCUGAUAGAUGGUGGUCACUCACGUCUGUAAUCCAUUAUGUACCAGAAAUAAAUAAAGAAAAAAAUAUCAGUAACCAUGACAA